UUAGCCCUAAUCACUCGUAAACUAUCAAUCUCUUUUCUUUCUCCCUCGACUUCUCCACUCAACACUCUCAGAGCAUCUUGGCGACGGCGGCCGUGGCAGCCUCCGCAAGGAAAUGAUAGCUUCCGGCAGAGGGGCACUGAAGCUGCAUCUGCCUUUUAUUUCUUCUACCAGAUUUGAAUUGGUCCGGUUUAGCAAACUCGCGUUGCCACCGGUUUUGCAUCAAACUCUCCGAGUGUCACCCAUUCAUUUCGGUUCGAUCCGAUCCGGUUUAUUAUUUCAAAUACCAAAGUUGAGACAGCGUUGUGUUUCAUCUUCAUCUCUGGCUUCAGAAAAUCUUUCGAUGGCAAAGGAACCUGUCAAGUACUCAGUGGUGGACGCGUUCACUGAGUCAGCAUUCAAGGGAAACCCUGCUGCAGUUUGUUUGUUAGAUGAAGAAAGAGAUCGCCAAUGGAAGCAAGCUGUGGCUGCUGAGUUCAACAUCUCCGAGACUUGUUUCUUAAAUAAGAUCUCUGACUCCCGUUUCACUAUCAGAUUCUUCACUCCUCUUACUGAGGUUGAUCUUUGUGGCCACGCCACAUUGGCGGCGUCACACGCUGUGUUCUCAUCUGGCCUGGUGGAUUCCGAUGUAAUCGAAUUCGAAACGCUAGCUGGAGUAUUGACUGUCAAGAAAAUCCCGGCAAAGAGUGUUAAUAAUGGUGAAACUGAUGAUGGAUUUUAUAUGGAAUUCGGUUUUCCUGCUGACCAUCCUGUAGAAUUAAACUCUCCUGAGAUUUCACAAGUUUCUGCAGCGUUGAACGUUAAGGCUGCUUCCAUAGUUGAAGUAAAGAAGACAAAGAAUACAGAUGACAUAUUUGUUGUACUCGAAUCUGGAGCAGCUGUGAAAGAAGUACAGCCACAAAUUGAUGAAAUAGUCAAAUAUCCUGGAAGGGGGUUAAUUGUUACGGGGUCUGCUCCUUCAGAGUCAGGAUUUGAUUUCUUCAGUCGAUUCUUCAGCCCUAAACUCGGAAUCAACGAGGAUCCUGUUUGCGGGAGUGCACAUUGUAGCUUAGCUACCUAUUGGAGCAAGAAGUUGCAAAAGUGUGAUUUCAAUGCUUAUCAGGCCUCAUCACGAGGAGGAGUUUUGAAAAUUCAUCUUGACGAGCAGAACCAAAGGGUGCUUUUGCGAGGUAAGGCUGUUACCGUCAUGGAAGGCUCUAUUCUGGUCUAGUCCUAGUAGUCCUAGACUCCUAAUGUUGUUACAAAAUAAGUGCUUGGCAUGGCCCCAAUAUGUGUUGGUUAAUUUUUAUCUCCUUCAUUCAGAGUUAUUGAGAUUUCAUGAAAGAAUUUUCAGUUUUGCUAGCUAGUCAAUCUUGUUUGAGCUGCUGAACUAUAUAACAAGGCCAUUGUAGUUGCUUUUGUUGAGUGGAAUUAAUCACAAUAUAAUACAUUACUUCAUUAGUUA